UUUCCAUUCAGAACACACCAUGAAGUAACACCGAGCAACAACAUGAUGUGGCACGAUUUCUUGCACAAUUCAUUGACUGGCAACAGAGCGAAGCUGACGCUGCUAUAAAGAUCUGAAUUACAAAGAAAGAAAGAGUCUACAGAUUCUGAUCGAUUCAAGAACGAGAUGUCAACCUCCCACACUGUAAAAACACUUGAUUGUCCAAACGGUUCUGUAGUGCACCUGGUCGGUACUGCUCACUUUAGUCGAGAGAGCAUAGAAGAUGUCAGGAGAACCGUCAGAGAGACCAAACCGAAUGUAGUGGUAUUGGAAUUAUGUCAGCACAGACAACUCAUUCUGUCCUAUGGUGAAGAAGAGAUUCUACGAGAGGCUAGGACCAUGAACCUUGCAAAAAUGAGAAGUGUCAUCAAGAGGGAUGGAUUUGUUGCUGGAAUCACACAAUCGAUUUUCCUAAAGUUUUCUGCUGAGCUAACGGAGAAGCUGGGUAUGGCCCCUGGGGGCGAGUUCAGAGCUGGUUACCAAGAGGCUUUGGCCAUCAACGCUCGAGUUGUUCUUGGCGAUCGAAUUAUUGGGAUAACGUUCAAACGAGCGCUGGCUGCUCUCUCCUUUUGGCAGCGGAUUCGUUUCACCUAUCUCCUACUUCAAUCUCUCACCUCAGACAUCGAUAUCACACCAGAGGAGGUGGAGAGGCUGAAAACACAGGACAUGGUUCAGCUGCUCACUGGUGAGCUUGGCGCUCAGUUUCCGUCCAUUCUCAACGUGUUUGUCUCUGAGCGUGACCAAAUACUGGCCUAUUCUCUCAUGCUGGCUGCCAAUUGUGCUCAACAACCGUACGGACCACCUGUCACAGUUGUAGGUGUCAUGGGAAUCGGACAUUUACCCGGGAUAGAGGCGAAUUGGAAUCAGACAUUGGACAUCAAAGAUUUGCUGAUAGUUCCACAACCGUCAAGAACUGCACAGAUAGUCUGGAAAGGAACUGGACUAGUAUUUAAGUUGGGACUAUUGUCAUUAGGUGUAGGAUGUGUGUAUUUUGUUGGCAGGAAAGUGUUCAGUCAUUUCAGGUCAUUGUAAUUUAUUUGGUCUUUGCACAUCUCUAUCUCUAAAUAACUUCUGUUGAAUACGUUCUUUUUAUCAUCAUGUAUAUAUAAAUUAUAUUUGCCCCAAAAUUGAUAUAA